AUGCGCGCUAGGAGCAGCAUCACAGUUAUCAUUGGGGGUGGUGAGAGUAGCAGCAGCAGUAGCGCCAGCGCCUCUGCCAGCUCGAGCAGUAGAUUCGGCGCGCUUAUGGCUCGACCGGCCAUCCGACGCGCUGUUAUAGUAGCGCUGGUGCUCUUGGCGGGGCUGAUCCCAACCUCGUUUCCCCUCCGUCUUCCCCAUCCCCCGCGCUUCCCCCAGGGCUGCCCGUCGUUGGACGCGCUCGCGGACGGCGCGCUGGAGGAAGGGGAGCUGCGCGCAAGCGACUUUGGCGGAGACUUCGUGUUCGGAUUCGCUACAAGCGCCGCUCAGGUGGAGGGCGCAGUGUCGGAGGGCGGAAGGGGGAGAAGCAUUUGGAACGACUUUGCAGAGAGGGCAGGAAAGAUCAAGGACGCUUCAAAUCCGUCAGUCACAGCUGAUCAGUUUCACCGGUUUAAGGAUGACGUGGCACUGCUCAAGGCCAUGGGGGCGACCUCCUGCCGCUUCUCCAUCUCCUGGUCGCGAAUCAUCCCUGAUGGCAUGGGAGCAGUGAGCGAGGCGGGCGUGCAGCACUACAGUCGCCUCAUAGACGAGCUGCUGGCCAAUGGCAUCGCGCCAGCUGUCACGCUGUACCACUGGGACCUGCCCUCUCACCUGCACGAGGCACACGGGGGCUGGCUCAAUGCGAGCAUCGUGCACGCCUUCGUCCGGUAUGCGGACGUGUGUUUCUCUCGCUUUGGCGACCGGGUGAAGACGUGGAUCACAUUCAACGAGCCACAGCAGACUGCUGUGCAGGGCUAUGGCUAUGGCACUAUGGCACCUGGUCGCUGCUCCAACCGUUCUUCCUGCGAGCAAGGCGACUCGUCCACUGAGCCUUACAUUGUCUCUCACCACAUCAUGCUCGCCCAUGCUGCUGCUGUGGCCGUCUAUCGGAGGAGAUACAGCAACCAAUGGGUUGCCAGCUGGGGGAAUGGGGAGAAGGGGAAGAAGGAGAAGGAAAGGAAUGGCGGAGGAGGGCGCAUAGGCAUGACAAUGGAUUGUGUGUUUCUGCUCCCGGCCGAUGGCACCCGGGAAAGUGUGGACGCAGCGCAACGAGGCAUGGAGUUUGCAUUUGCCUGGUUUGCAGACCCCUUAUUCAGGGGCGACUACCCGCCCUCCAUGCGCCAGGCUGUCGGCUCGCGUCUGCCGUCCUUUUCUGCCACCGAAUCCUCGCUGCUGAUUGGCUCCUCGGAUUUCAUCGGCCUCAACUUCUACACCGCUCAGUUCGCCGCCGAAAAAACGGUUCAGGAUGGUGGCAAGGUAGCUGACGUGGCAAAUGGGGUGGCACCAUGGAUGGACUGCCACGUGGACAUGACAGCUGUGUCUCCUGUAACGGGGAAGCUUAUAGGGGAGCGCACGGCAUCAUCAUGGCUACACGUGGUGCCAACAGCAAUCCAGCACAUGCUGACGUGGAUCAGCCACAGAUACCCGUCCGUCCCCAUCAUCAUCACUGAAAAUGGAAUGAGUGAGCCCAACCUCCCGUCGCGAUCACUGGCUCGCACCCUCUGUGACGACCAGCGUGUUCGUUUCUACCGCUCCUACCUCUCCAGUGUGCUUCAAGCCAGGCGGUACGAUCCCCUCACCCUCCUUACCUGGCCCCUCCUCUCACUCUACCGCUCCUACCUCUCCAGUGUGCUUCAAGCCAGGCGGUACGAUCCCCUCACCCUCCUUACCUGGCCCCUCCUCUCACUCUACCGCUCCUACCUCUCCAGCGUGCUUCAAGCCAGACGGUAUGAUGGCUAG